AUGGAGAUGAAGAUGGACAUGAAGAAGAUGGCAUCGGGGGUACCCUGGCUGGAUCAGCCAGUGAUGCUUCACUCCUCUCGCGCCGACAAGUGCAAGUUGUCUGCAGCACAAUGCGCUUAUCGAAACAGUCGGUGGCGCUAUUGGUACCAAGCCGACCAUGUCUACGCUCUAAAUACAGUAUAUUUCGUCUGUGCUGUCAUCGCUCUCUUCGCCAUAUCAAAUCUCUUAGUACGAUAUGCCCCCGAAUGGGUCAAGCGCACUCGAGUCUGGCGCGCUACAACAUCAGUCUCGCGAUAUAUGGCCUAUCGUGGAUAUCGAUUCCCUGUCUUACGAUACUGGUCGCCAUCCCUGGGAGUCAUUCUGCUGGGCCUGAUCGGUGGUGUUUUCUUCUUUGGUAUCCAUGACACUCGGUCCGAAACCUUAUUAUUGGCCGACAGAUGCAAAUUAUGGAAGCAGUCCUCCGAUCGCGACGAGGGCGGGCUGGAUGGCUUUGGCACUACUGCCAUUUGUGCUUGUACUGAGUGCGAAGGCCAACAUGGUUUCUGCCUUGACGGGAAUCCCCCCCCCGAGAAGUUGCAGGUUUUCCAUCACUGGACCAGCUACGCCAUGUUCGUUUUGGCGUUGGUUCACACGUUCCCUUAUAUUAUUUUCCAUAUUGGGAAAGGUGAUAUGGUCAAGCAGUGGAAAACAAGUGUUGUCUACUGGACCGGUAUCCCAGCUCUUCUUUCGCAGACCUACUUGACUGUUAUGUCAUUACCUCCCAUUCGGAACCGUUUCUAUGAAUUCUUCAAAGCAACUCAUAUGUUUGCCGCUUUAAUUUUUGUCGUCUUCUUCUUCCUUCAUUGCGAUUUUCGUUUAAGCUCAUGGGAUUAUUUCAUUGCCUCUGGAGUGUUAUAUCUACUUUCACUUAUCGCGGCUCACGUCCGAACCUUUCUUAUGAACGGCAUCCACACAGCCACCCUCGAACUCCUUCCAAGCGGUCUCAUCCGCGUCGCGGUCCCUACAACCGUUAAAUGGACACCGGGCCAACAUGUCUUCGUCCGAUUCAUCACAUCUGAUCUCCACCUCCUCACAUCCCACCCAUUCACGAUAUCUUCGGUCUGCCGAGAUCCAGACACAACCGGCCGAGCCUCAGAACUCAUAUUCUACAUCAAACCCCGCCAAGGCGUCACAGCCCGCCUAGCCGCCCUAGCUCGUCAACGCCCCGGCUGCAAAAAGAAGAUCCUCAUCGAAGGUCCCUACGGCGGCAUUAGUGCCCACCACCUCGCCCGCUUCGACACCAUUCUAGUCAUCGCCGGUGGUUCAGGCGGUGGAUUUUCGCUUGCAAUGGUAGACGAAGCUCUUCGUUUAACGGGACUCACAUCACAGGGCAGAUCUGGACCACAGGGCCGGCGAAACCUGCAAGUCGUAUUCUCGACCCGAGACCCCGCAAUGGCCGAAUGGUACGUUGAAGAGGUGGAAUCACGCCUCAACCACUCUACGGAACUUCUAUUAGACGCGGAACACGGCUAUGAGACAUCUGUUUCCGUGCAUAUCACUUCUCGGCCAAUCACAUCCCAAUCAAUGGCGACCGUUGAUUCAGGCCGUGGAUCCAUGACAGAGGAUAGGAAGAAGAUGCCCGUUGAAAGCGCCACCACAGGGAUGUUCAGCUUGAAUGUGCACCGUGAUGCACGUCCUGAUGUCUCGGGUAUUAUUGCUCGGACUAUCGGGGUUAAUCAGACACAGACUGCGCCUGGAAGCCAGCGCAAGCGUAUCGGUGUCUUGGUCUGUGGCCCGGCGAGUAUGCUGCAUGAUACCCGGAAUGCGGCGGCCAUAGCCCAGGCGAGGGCGAUGAAGGGAGAUGUUGAGGAGCUCUAUCUACACUCGGAGCCUUUUGCGUGGUGA